AUGUCAAAUUUAUUAAAUAAUGCAAAUAAUACAAAUAAUAACAAUAAUAUAAAUAACAAUAAUAUCAAUGUUAGCAAUAAUAAUAGCAACUAUAGUAAUAGUAAUGAUAUAGAUAAAUUGAUAUCAUCAUCUAUUUUUGGACAGAUUUCCAUUAAUUUAGUUAUAUCAUGGUUAUCUUCCACAAAAACCAAUAAAUAUAAUUCCUAUAAUGAUAGUCACUAUUCUGUAUUUUUAGAAACUCAAAACAAUGAAAUUUCAAAUUUAUCAAAUAACAACGAAAAUAAUAGCUCAGUAUUUGCAUCACAAGUUUUACAAUCCCAAAAUAAACAGCAACCAACUAUAAACCAAACAACACCACAGCAAAAACAAUCGGCACCAAAUGACUUUCCGCCUUUAGCAGCACAAGGUAAAAAAGCACAAAACAAUAAAAAUAAUAAUGAAACAAAAGCAGACUCUCUUGGUUAUAGAUUUCCAAAUAUUUCAAAAACUAUUACCAAAGCAUCUGUUGAUAAUACUGUUGAAAUUUAUAGCACAAUUUUAUAUAAUCGAUUAUAUCCAACCACAUUAUCUACGGAAUUAACAUGGAUAAUAAAAUAUUUAACUACUUUACAAAUAAAUAUAUUUAAAUUAUCAAAUUUUUCAAUAAAUAAACCAAAGAAUAAUAAUUCAGAUAAUAAUAAUUUAGAUAAUCAACUAUUUGAAUCAAUUGAAUGGGCAAUUGCAUUCAUUGUUAAAUUAAUUAAAAAUAUUAAACCAUUAUUUCAAGUUUUAGAGCCAAAAUUCUUGCAAUCACUAUCCGAAAAUCAUCUAUUAAAACACUAUGAUGUUGAAUUAUGUAAAAGUUUAAAUGAUAUUUCAUAUUAUCAAAUUCAAGAAAAUACAUUGAAUAGCCAUAAGGAUAAAGGUACGUCAACUAUGAAGAUAGCAUCACCAUUUAGAACUGAAAUGGACUUUCAAAAAAAAUUAAGAAAAAGUGAAGAUGCAGGUAUACUUAGUAAUAGAGAGAAAUCUUUAGAUCAGUUCUACGAAAUCAUGAGAAAUUUUCAAUUAGAUUACAAGUUCCACAAUAGCAGCAAUAACCAGCUUCAUGGCAAUAGUGAUCAAUUUGAAUAUAAGACUAAAGAAUUUUUUAACCUUUUACAUAGAGGUAAUAUUUGGUGGUUUUGUGAUUUAUUCAUCGACCAAUUCAUUCAGUGCAAAUUUAAUGAUUAUAGUAAUACAAGUAACCCCACUCCAAACAGUACCAACACUAAUAAUAAUAGUAGUAACAAUAGUGUUUCAAUUGCUCCAAACAAAACACCUAGUUUAGCAGAGGCCAUUGCUUUAACACUAACUCCUUUAAAUCCUAAAUCUGUAAACUCAUCUACUUUCACACCAUCCACUACUACACAACCAGCUGCAUUAGUUCCAUCAGAUAAAAUGGCUUUACUUCAAAAAAGAUUUGAUCAAGUAUCACCACAUAAAUCAACAAGUGCUGCAGCUAUAAUCGCUUCGAACAAUGGUAUUCAAAUUCAAUCGAAUCAACAACCUUCACAUCAACACCAAAAUAACCAACAUCAACAUCAACAAACUCAAUAUACUGGUAACCAUCAUCAUCAUAAUAGUCAUCUUAAUAAUCACACAAACCAAUCAUCAAAUAAAGAGAAUUUAGUUAAUCAACAAUUUACACCAAAUUCUCAAUUAAAAAACAAUAAAUCAAACAAUAGUAGUAGCAAUACAAAAUCACUAUCUUCACAACAACAACAACAGCAGCAACAACAACAACAAACACCGUCACAACAACAACAGCACAAUGAAAAUUUACCAAUUUAUAUGAAUAAAUUAGUGCAACAAUUAAUUUUAAAAUUCUCAAACAAAGAAAGAUUCUUUAUUAAUAUGAUCAUAAACUAUGAUAAUAAUACAUUCCAUCAUCAUUUAUCAUCAAGUAUUAUCGAAAAGAUGCAGGUUCUUCAAACUUGCCAGUGCUCAAAUUCAAAUCAUUACCACAGCGAUUUCUUUGAAAGAAUUUUAAAUUUAAAAUCUCUCUCCAGAUUACUUAGCUUUAUAUACUUUAUUCCCACAGCCACAUAUACUAGUUAUAAUAUGUCGUUGCUAAUUCCAAAUUUCAAUGAAAUUGCAAAGCGUUCACAAUUUAUUCCACCUCCAAUUGACUUAAAAUCUUUGUUGUUUUCAGGUAUCCAACACGAAAACCUUUCAAUUAUUCUACCAAUAGUUUUAGAAUUUUUAAAGCUUCGUGAUACUGUAGGAAGAGAGAAUCAUUACUUUAGUGAAGCUAUCAACAUCUUGAAGAAUAUCUACAACUUACCAAUGCUUUUGGCAACACCUAUCCAACCAAACUAUUCUUUUUCUUCUUUAUUCAUUCUUUUUGAAUUGGAACAAUUUUUUGAAGAGCUUUCAAUAAAUUCGCAUCAGUUCAACCAUGUGGCAUUACCUUUCAAAGUUCAAUCAAAUAACGCAGGUUCAUUGUUAUCUCCAACAUCACCAACCAAACAACUAAACAAUAGUAAUAAUACUAGUACACCAUCUCAAACCCCACCAACCACUCCAACUAAACAAAAUUCAUCAUCUACUCCAACGACACCAAGUAAAAAUAGUAGUAACACAACACCAAAAAAAACUCCAUCAAACAAUAAUAACAGCACUAAUAAUAACUCGUCCAAUAAUAGUAUACCAUUAAUCGAUAAUAACUCAAAAGUUGGUUUCAAUUUACUCUGGUCCAAUACUACUGGUUAUUACAGUAGCAAUAACUAUGGAUUUAACGAAAUUAAAUUGUUACUCAAUGAACCAAUACACUAUCAGGUAGAAUUCCAAAAGCAAUUAAAAUUAAAACAAGAGCAAUAUGAAAAAGAACAACAAGCAAAGAAAGAGCAACAAGAAAAAGGAACUUUGGCCAGUGAUAGUGAUAAACCAACCACCAUCUCCUCAUCUGCACCACCAACAAAAACUUUAAUUCCAAGACGUAUUACUCCAAUGAAUAAAAAAACAACAACCACUAUUAUCUCCAAUAAUAUCGAUGAAAUGUUUAAUGAAUCACCAUUACAACACCAAUUAGAAUGGUGGUAUUUUUGGAACCAUCCAUCAAUUGCUAGAAUUUCAAAUUUAUUAUCUGAAACUUUGUUACCAUUUUUUUCAGAGAUGAUUUUCAAUUUAUCAGUACCAAUUAUUGUUGGUCAUUCAAAUAGCUAUAUAGAGAAAUCAUUAUCAGGCGCAAGUUUAUUACAAGCAGCUGUUCAUUCGGAAUCUAGCUCAACUCCAAAUCAAAUUGCUACUAGCAAUUUAUUAGAUUCAAAUAGAUUGCAGUCUUUAAUCACCUUAAUUUACAACGAAGUUAGAACCAAUGCAUCUAAAAAAGUUGAAUCCUAUUGCAAAGAGAAUAUUAAAACCUUAAUUUUACUCCUUAGUCCUAUGGGUAUUGAUGAAACAGUAUUAAAUGUUGGUACCUCAAUUAUUUGCAGACAUUUGAAGAAAAUGGCAGAGAAUAUUUGUCUUGUCCAAAUUUUACAAAAGGUCGAAAUUCUUUGUAUCGAAAUCAUCACCAGAAAACAAACUAUCAAUGCAGCCAAUAGAACCAGUACACUACAGCAAUUAUUAAGUUUAUCGCUAUCAGAUAUCAACAGAAACAACUCCCAAUCAUUAUCUUUAGCAGGUAUAAAGAGUCAUCACAUUGCCAAGAUCGAAGAGAACUUUAAUGUUAGGAUAAUCUGUAAAUCAAUGGAGGAAAUUCAAAUAAGAUUAGAGCCAUUCAUCAACGAUAUAUUUAAUGUUCAACAACAAUAUUCAAAUGAACAGCAACAACAACAAUUAGCUAAACUAAAAAAUGAUAUUCAAAUUUCAGCAGAAUCUAUAUUUGUAAAAAUUUCAGAUUACAUUAAACAGGUAGCAAGCGACCAAAACUUUGAAAUGGUUGAACUAUCUAAAGCACUACCAUCACUAUUUAGACUAGUAAUAGAUAUCAUCACCAACAAUAUAAUCUUGAAUAAUUUUUAUCAAUAUAGUAAUUCAAUUAUUGACGAAAUAAGCAAGGAUAAACCCAAUAGCAAUGAUAAAGAUGAUAAGGAUGAACAAAACAAGUCAAAGACCAACAGUACCUCUUUAGCUGAUAAUAUCAUAUUCAAUGUUGACCUUAACCCUGCCACCAAAUUUAAUGAUUCAAUAGUAUUACCAAUCAACCAAAAUAUUUCAACAACUUUCACACAAACCACAUUAGAAAUUAUAAAAAGAUUUAAUGAAGUCCAACACGAUUUUAUGGAGCUUUUAACAAACUACCUAUUACAACCAUCAAAAAUAUUCUCAUUAAUUAAUCAAACUAUUCAGUAUAUUAAAAUUACCCAACAAAAGAAAAGAGAAUUAAAAGAAGAGUUAGAGAAGGACCCAGAGUUGGAAAAUGAUUUAAAUUAUAUUGGUAAGGCAAAUAUUGGCAAUAGUAUCAGCGAGGAACAAUUAAAGAAAGAUCAAGAGAUAUUAACAAACAAAAUCCAAAACUGCUUCGAUUGGCUACAUAGCUUUGAUUGGUUGUGCCUUACAUUGAUUCAAGAGAAUGUGAUAACUAUAGUCUCUUUGGAAAGCUCAUGGAUUAAUUUAUUUGAUAGAUGUAUCACAUUUAUCUUUGAAUAUGACGUCGAAUUACAAAAACAACUGUUACGAUCUCAACCACAAAUAACCACAAAUAGCCACAACAAUCAUCCAACAUUAACACCACAGCAAUCACAACAACAUUUAAAUCACCUCUUAAUUGGAUCGAGUGUAUUAAGAUCAUUCUUAAAAUACAUCUGUCAAUUUGUUUCGUUUUAUCAUAAUUAUUUUACAAAUUUUGCACCUAAAUCAACAACAAAUACAGCCGUUGCCUCACCAUCGCCAGCAGUAGGAACAACUCCAACACCAACAGUUAGUAAACAACACCAACACGAUCCAAUGUCAUUCUUUUUAUGUAUUGAUAGCUUUUUACAACGUUUAAUUAAAUUUAAAAGUCGUGAAAAGUUUAGAUAUAAUCAAACUUUUAUUGAUCAAAUUGAUAAAUGUAUACUAUAUCUUGAAAAAUCAAUUAAUGUUUUAUUUCCAACAUUUAAAUAA